UUUGACAAGAUAUAGCCAUAAGUAAAAUACAUACAUACUUGCACAUAGGUCUUUUUUUACUUUUUUUUUGUACACUUAGGUCUUUCCUGAAUUAAACACCGACUGCACUUAGGUCUUUUAUGAAUUAGUAUGCCAUAUUAUAGCGUUUCUAUGACUUAUAUCUUAUCAAAUAAGUCAUACGUCAUACUUUUAAGUUAUAAGUUACAUGUCCAUGGCUACUCCCAUGUAUAUAAUAACUUACUUGGCUCAAAAUUGGCAUCAGCUGUGUUCUUCAUCUUCCAAAGGUUCCCCAGUCCGAAGCGGAGUUCGUCUAUUUUGAAAAUAUAGGUGAAAACGUUUACCACGCUGAUUGUUAGAAUCGACUGAAACAAAGAGAACAUUAAGCCCGUGGUCAGCGUAAACUCUGGAUCUUUCUUGUACGCCAAAAUUUCCAAUACAACUUUAACCGGAAUGGCACAAGCUACAAAAAUAACGAGAGCGGAUUGGGUGUACCAGGGAAUCAAUUUAGUUUUACGGGUUACUACUUUACACCUUGAGAAUGUGGGAUCCUGACACUUUCGUUAAAGCUAUCGUGAACCUUCCUGAAUGCCUGAAUACCCUGACCGACCGAUUGGACGCGAUUCCCUGGCGAGAGGGAGAGGUCGUUAUGGAUUACGGGUGUGGCACUGGUCGCACCACGGUUCCGUUCCUCCUCCCGAAAACGAUGGCUACAAAUUCCAAGCUUUUUGGCGUGGACAAAUUAGGGUUGCCGCGGGUAACGGGUCGGGUACCCGUUACCCGCAUACCCGCACGAUUCUUGCGGGUACCCGUUAUCUGCGGGUAGUGAGAACUACCCGCACGGGUAACGGGUAGUUCAGUUUUUAUUUAAUUUUGGACAUAAAUCAGUUCACAAAGAAAGGUAGCAUCAAGUUAGUCUAUUUACCAACAACAGAGUCAGUUUAUUGUUUAUGCAUUUCAAAAUUUGCCAUUUGCCAGCAAUUAGAGUUUGUAACGAGCGUGUCUUUUCGGAAGCCUACGGCAGCCUCAAACACUUUUUGCGUUCAGAUAAUUCAGAGAAAUUAUUGUUUCUCAAGCAGAAUUCAUCUUUUCUUAAAUAUCGGUACUAAUUUGGCUUGUAUUUCUGCGUAUUUAUGUAACACUGACGAUAUCUUAAUUUUUUCGGGUGAAAAUCGUCGAUAAUAUUGAAAGCAAAAUUGGAGGCAAUUUUUUAAAAUGAAAACUGAAUUUAAAUCAAAAUUUCAAAAAAUCAAACUACCAAUGGAAUCUUUUCUCAAGCUACACCAGGAUUGUUAAGCGAGUUCUAUCAAAAAGAUAAGUCAAAAUUAGAAAUCACGUGAUUCUUAUCUUUCGCUGACUAGUCACUUUGAAGCAAAAUGUCGCUGCAAAGUUCAAUUUUUAAGUAAAUGUUCUUUUUUUUCCUUCACUGGACGUAAACCAUGCUGGACUUUGACCUGCCCUCCCCCACAUAGUUUUCUUCAAAGGGGCCAUUCACUGGAAAGAUAAGUGUAUGUAAUUCCUAAUUGCUGGCUUGAUUUUUUGAUACAGCUCGCUAAGAAACCCGGUGUAGCUUCAAAAAGGUUCCAUUGUAAGAAAAAUGUUAUGUAUUAAAUGGAAAUAAAUAAUGACAUCUACCUAGCAAAUUACGGUAUGCGUUACUUGCUUCACGUUAUCUCAAACUACUAAUCAACCCAAAUGAGCAAAUAAUUGAUUAAACCAAAUUUAUUCCGUAGCUUGGUUGGGUUUUAGCUUAAUUCUCAUAACGGGUAGCGGGUAACGGGUACCCGCACGGGUACCCGUGCGGGUACGGGUAGUUGGACUGCGGGUAACGGGUCGGGUAACGGGCAGCAUUUUUGCUACCCGCGGCAACCCUAGGACAAAUCCUCCUCUAUGAUCACCGCGGCGAACGAGGGGAACAAAAGUGACCAACUUGUCGUACGCGGUGGGGAACCUUUUAGAGGAUGGCGGCUUUCCCCACGUGGGAGUCCAGUUCGACAAGAUCUUCUCGUUCUACUGUCUCCACUGGUGCAAGGAAUACAAUUUUUUAACCCGUCCCGCGGACAAAUUCUGGCCAAGUUUUACUCCAUGCUUAAACCGGGAGGGUACACUUGCCUCGUGUACGUAAUUGAAGCUACACUCUUACUGCACCAGGAAAUUGGCAAAAUGCCAAAGUGGACGGGAUAUAUGAAGGAAAUACGGGAUCAUCUCCCGGAAUGGAUUGAGUACUCUCAAGAUGCGCAGAAAGAGUUGGAAGAAUCCUGUAAAGAAAUUGGGUACGAGAAAGUGGAAAGUUUCGUGCACAAGAGUAACGCGAACCUAACCUUGGAGGCCUUCACGGACGUGGUCAUGUCGCUGAAUCCAUUUUUGAGCCAGAUUCCCUCUUCUCUGUAUCCCGAGUUGAAGGCGGACUACGCCAAGCUGAUCCUUGCCAAGGGAGAUGUCGUGCUGAAUGGAGAUCAAGAAUUUCAGUUUAAUCGCGACGUGCUAUUUGCCGUAUUUCGAAAACCAGGAAAUGAAAAUUGUUCUGUGAAAAAGUAAAUCUAUUUUUCCCAACCUUGCAGUGUUUCUUCAACAAAUUUUAUUACAAUCAUUCAUGUAUACGGUUUCUAAAAUUCUGUGGUCAAGCUCCAAGAAUAAAACGUAGCUGUAUACUCAAA